AUGUCUCCCGUCAUCGUAUCCUUAGGUAACCCCCUUCUCGACAUCCAAGUCGACCCAAAGGAAGGACCUCAAUACCUUGAGAAAUACGGUCUCAAGUCCAAUGAUGCUAUCCUUGCUGAAGAGAAGCACAUGCCUAUCUACGAUGAUAUCGUCGCCAACGCCACCGUAACUUACGUUGCUGGAGGUGCUGCCCAAAAUGCCGCUCGAGCUGCUGCUUACGUCCUCCCAGCUGGUUCAGUAGCAUACAUCGGAUCAGUCGGUGAAGACGACCUUAAGCAAACUCUCUUAUCAGCCAACGAAGCUGAGGGAGUACAGUCAGCCUACCAAACUCAACCUUCUCCCGCUAGGACCGGUGCUUGCGCAGUCAUCUUAUCCAACCAUGACAGAUCAUUAUGUACCACCCUCCGAGCCGCUGAGAUGUUCACCCCUUCUCACCUUGCUACCCCCGAGAUCUCCGAAUUGAUCAACAACGCCAAAUACUUCUACAUCGAAGGGUUCUUCCUCACUCACGGUAUCGAGAGUGCCUUGGAAAUUGCCAAACAAGCUUCCUCAAGGGGGAAAACUGUCGUGUUGAACCUCUCUGCACCAUUCAUCCCUCAAUUCUUCAAGGUCCAACUUGAAGAAUUGCUCCCUCACGUGGAUAUCCUUAUUGGUAAUGAGAGCGAAGCUGAGGCUUACAAGGAGGCUGCUGGCAUGGGAGACGCUACUCUCGCCCAAGUCGCUUCCACCCUUGCAGCCAUGACCAAAUCCAACGCUUCUCGACCUCGUCUCGUUGUCAUCACCCAAGGUGCCGAGUCCACCCUCGUCGCUUCAUCCGCCGCCUCCAGCUCACCAUCCAACUUAGCUCCUGAGGAUGAGAACCCAAAGACAUACCCUGUGCCCAAGUUGUCCGCCGACAAGAUCGUAGAUACCAACGGUGCUGGUGACAUGUUCGCAGGUGGUUUCUUAGGUUCUUUAGCUCAAGGUAAAACCUUGAACGAGUCGAUUGAGAUUGGUCACAAGUUGGGUCAAAUGUGUUGUGGACAGAUUGGGCCCAAGUUGGUCUGGCCCAAGGAGAACGUUGUAUAA